GCGGAGGCUAGUAAAUGGCACUGAGACUCCGCCGGCGGCAGUUGGACCCAUCUGCCCAUCUGCCCGUCACACCACCUCAAUUCGCUUCGUAGGGAAUUCAAGACAUCCGCAAUCCCAUAGACCCCAUAGCUAAAAGUGCCACGACAAUGGCUGCCAAGUUGAUCGAUCGGCGCUUUCAUAAUAUUCCCGGCAGGCUCCGGGUGGCUGAGUUGUUCUUCGAUGUGCCUCUCAAUUACAACAAGCCCAAUGAUGGCACUCUGAGACUGUUUGCCCGCAGUGUACGUCGUCUGGUAACGCCUGCUGAGCCAAGUGAGACCCCCAAGGACGACAAGCAGUUGCCGUUCCUGGUGUACUUGCAGGGUGGCCCUGGAAUGGGAUGCCGCCCCCCGCAAGAGUAUGGCUGGAUUGGAACAGUCCUCGAAAAGGGUUAUCAGGUCUUGUUCCUCGAUCAACGUGGCACCGGUCUCAGCUCCACCGUCACAGCGGGCACCCUUGCUCGGCAAGGCAAUGCCAUCAAACAAGCAGAGUACAUGAAGAACUUCCGCGCAGACAACAUUGUGCGUGACUGCGAGGCUGUUCGCCGUUGUCUGAUGACCGAUUACCCCGAGGAUAAGCGGAAAUGGAGCAUUAUUGGCCAAAGCUUUGGUGGUUUCUGCGCCGUGACUUACCUUUCCAUGUUCCCGGAAGGACUGGCUGAGGCUUUUAUCUGCGGUGGUCUUCCUCCCCUCGUUGAUAAUCCCGAUCCUGUGUAUGCACGUACAUACGAAAAGGUCAUCGAAAGGAACAAGGCAUACUACGCCAAGUUCCCCGAAGACGUCGAAAGAGUCAAGCAAAUUAUCCAAUACCUGGAAGACAACGAGGUCGCUCUGCCUACAGGAACACUGACCCCGGAGCGAUUCCAGCAAAUGGGCAUCCUGUUUGGCAUGCACGGUGGUCUUGACAGCAUCCAUGACCUCGUACUACGUGCCUGGAACGACCUGGAUGUCUUCGGCUUCCUCACCCACCCUACACUCACCUCUAUUGACAGUUUCGGCGGCAUGGACAACAACAUCAUCUACGCUAUUCUACAUGAGGCUAUCUACUGCCAGGGUAAACCGUCCAACUGGUCCGCAGAUAGACUACGCGCCUCCAACCCGGAUUUUCAAAUCGACGCCAACAAGUCUAAGAUCCUCUUCACUGGUGAAAUGGUCUACAAAGACAUGUUCGACUCCUACACAGAACUCAGCCAGGUUCGAGAUGCGGCAGACAUCCUCGCCUCGACGGAAGACUGGCCGGCGCUUUACGAUGAAGCCCAGCUAGCACGGAACGAGGUUCCUGUCUACGCGGCCACGUACAUAGAUGAUAUGUAUGUCCACUUUGAUCAUGCGCAGAAUACUGCAGCCAAGAUCAAGGGUGCCAAGCAGUUCAUCACGAACGUUAUGUAUCAUAAUGCCAUUCGCAGCAAGUCAGAUGAGCUGAUUCAGCAGCUGUUUGCUCUGAGGGAGGAUACCAUUGAUUAGAGGGAUGGACUUUGGUUACUGGAUCAUGAUAUGCAUGGUCUUGUGUAUAGAUGCAUUAGGUGUAUCUUUGUCAUAUAGGAAAGUCUUAUGUAGCCUUAGCUUGAGAUGAUAUCGGAUGCACUUUGGCGAGUUUGUACUAGACGUCUUUGACCA